CCAUGAAUCACCGGGAAGCACAACAAACGUGCCAAUACCAAACAUUCACAUCAAUGAAGCCGGCAUUUUAAUCAUUGCUGCGAUAUGAGGUGUCGUUUCCUGUAGCCAGCUAUGGCACCAGGGGACGUGGUGCCAGACCAUGCCAAGCAACUGAAGUCCAAGGAGAAGCGUCCUGGAAACAGGGCCUCAAAAGCAGAAUGUGAGCCUGACGGAUCAUUUGUCUUUGAGGCUCACGAGGCUUGGAAGGACUUCCAUAACUCUCUCAGGCAUUUCUAUGAAGUGGGAGAGCUCUGCGAUGUCACACUGAAGGUUGGUAGCAGACUGAUACCAUGCCACAAACUAGUACUAGCAUGUGUUAUCCCAUACUUCAGAGCUAUGUUCCUGUCGGAGAUGUCUGAGGCCAAGCAGGAACUGAUAGAAAUCAAGGACUUUGAUGGUGAUGCGAUUCAGGAUCUGGUGCAUUUUGCAUACUCCUCCAGACUGACUUUAACCGUGGACAAUGUGCAGCCACUGCUUUAUGCUGCAUGUAUCCUUCAGGUGGAGCUAGUAGCAAGAGCCUGUUGUGAAUACAUGAAGGCCCACUUUCACCCCACAAACUGCCUGGCAGUUCGUACUUUUGCUGAGAGCCACAAUCGUGUUGACCUGAUGGACAUGGCCGACCGCUAUGCCUGCGAGCACUUCACAGAAGUGGUGGAGUGUGAGGACUUCACAUGUGUGUCGCCACAACACUUACGCACACUGUUGUCCUCCAGUGAGCUCAACAUUCACUCUGAGACACAGGUGUACAAUGCAGCGGUGAAAUGGCUGAAAGCAAACCCACAGCACCAUGAGGCCUGGCUGGACCAGAUCAUGUCUCAGGUGCGCCUCCCUCUGCUUUCGGUAGAGUUCCUGACAGGAACAGUGGCUAAGGAUGAGAUGAUCAAAGGUAACCUGAGUUGUCGUGAUCUAUUGGACGAAGCAAGAAACUACCACCUUCACCUCAGCAACAAAGUAGUGCCAGACUUUGAGUAUUCAGUCCGCACCAUCCCCAGGAAACACACUGCAGGGGUUUUGUUCUGCGUGGGUGGCCGAGGUGGUUCUGGUGACCCAUUUCGCAGCAUCGAAUGUUACUCCAUUACUAAGAACAGCUGGUUCUUUGGCCCUGAGAUGAACAGCAGACGCCGCCACGUGGGCGUAAUAUCUGUAGGAGGGAAGGUUUACGCCGUUGGGGGCCAUGAUGGUAACGAACACUUAGGAAACAUGGAGAUGUUUGACCCCCUCACCAACAAGUGGAUGAUGAAGGCCUCCAUGAACACCAAGAGGAGGGGCAUAGCCCUGGCAGCCCUCGGUGGUCCCAUCUAUGCCAUUGGAGGUCUGGACGACAACUCCUGCUUUAACGACGUGGAGCGUUAUGACAUUGAAAGUGACUGCUGGAGUGCUGUAGCCCCCAUGAACACACCUAGAGGUGGAGUGGGGUCUGUGGCGUUGGGGAGUUUCGUGUACGCAGUGGGAGGCAAUGACGGGGUGGCGUCGCUGUCCAGCGUGGAGCGAUUCGAUCCCCACCUCAACAAGUGGACAGAGGUCAAUGAGAUGGGCCAACGCCGGGCUGGAAACGGAGUCAGCAAACUCAACGGCUGCCUUUAUGUAGUGGGUGGUUUCGAUGACAAUUCCCCCCUAAGCUCUGUUGAGCGCUUUGACCCACGAAUGCACCGCUGGGAGUACGUGUCCGAGCUGACCACUCCACGAGGCGGUGUCGGAGUAGCCACCGUAAUGGGCAGAGUGUUUGCGGUCGGAGGGCACAACGGAAACAUCUACCUGAACACGGUGGAGGCUUUUGAGCCUCGAAUGAACAGGUGGGAGCUGGUGGGUUCGGUGUCUCAUUGCCGAGCCGGAGCAGGGGUGGCGGUCUGUUCCUCCCACGUCAGCCAAAUCAGGGACGUCGGUCAGGGCUCCAGCAACGUGGCCAACUGCAUGUGACGGCCCUUCCAGGUCCCAGGUGACCGUCACCACUGAAUACCGCACAAGCACACAACACGAAGCACACUACCAGAGCAUGUUAUUUGGGCAGAUGCUCUCUGAACAUCAGCCUUAGUCUGUUACAGAUGGAUUCCAGUCAGUCGCAGACUUUUAUGGGGAUCGAUUACGUUUGAAGCGCACAUAUGACAAAGCGGAAGUCUCCUCUGAGCUGUCUUACAAAAUACGUUCCCCCGUAUCUCCUGCUGGUGUCUUUUGCAAUCAGUAAUAUAGAAUUUUGUACUGUAUUUACUUUUUGUGGCUGCUUUGAUGUAACAUCAGCUCUUAAGGGAAACUGGUAGUUAAAGCUUGUAUUUAGUACUAACCUUAUGAGAGAAUGAGGUGAAUUUAGAAACAAGCUAAAGUUAUUUUGAAAACGGACAGUAUAGUGUAGGAGAUCUCUGUAUUUAAGGCUUUUUCUGGAUUAUACUUUGUUCUCAGCAGCUCCUUUUUUAUAAUCUAGACAGGUUUGACAAAUCAGUCGUUUGUAUAGUCAUGCCUUUUUGUUUCAUUGCAGGGUGUGCACCGAAAUAUUUUCACACAUGAUCUAAAAUGGCUUAGUUUUGAAAUGAAGAAUCCUAGACGCCCUCAGUGCCAUCAGGGUAAGAAAGGCACUUAUUAUGUUUUUUUUAACGGUGCAUUGUAAAAUUAUUCGGUCAAGGGGCUGUGGCUGUACUUUGCUGGAAAGGACCCUUACAGUUCUACCUGAGUUUCAACCCUAUUUGUGUUUUGAACAAUCGUCGAAGGCCGGGAUUUACCUGCUGUCCGUGCCAAACAAAAAUCCUGGAUCGUCGCCGUUACCUCCGAAGAAAAGGCGUGAUGACUGUAUGACAUAGGCGAGGACUUACCACAGCAAUAUGGUGCACCUCCUUAGUUCCUUUUUUUAGUUUUAUGAUAUUGUAUGCGUCAAAAUAUGUUGAAAAAGCCAGGGAAAGAUUUUCACAUUGGAGAUGUGUGUUUGACGAUAGCUGGACUGUCAGAGUGCUUUCCGAUGCGUCUCCAUAGAUGGUUCUGUUAUAUUUUAAUAUAUGGACCUUUUGUAUAAUAAAAUAGGUGUAUCUUUAGUAUUACCCUUUACUACUCUAUCUUAUUCAUUGCCGUGCACUAUUUUCCUAGAUUUAGAUGUGAAGUCCUGAGUAUAUUUUUGUCCUAAAUGGAGACUCUCUUGUUAAGUAUAUGUUGUAAAAGAUGUUUAUUUAACACAUAAUUAAUUCUAUCAUAUAUAAGAGAAGUUUGAUCAUCCUCAGAAUGGGCUGACAGUGUGAGAACUUUAAAAUACAAAAUACUAUCUAUAGUUUAUACUAGAAAAAAUACAUAUUCUACAGUAUAUUGCACAGUUUUUGUGAUAUCAGUAUACUUGCUAGUGCAUAUGAUCAACCUGAUUCUCAUUUUUACAACAAAGUUUGUUGCAAAUGAGACUUUUGUAAAGUUGUAUUUGAUGUUUAUCUUCCUCCUUUUCACUGCUUCCAUCUUGUGCUUUUUAUUUACACUGUAUUGGUAUAAAUUGAUAAAUAAAGUUGUGCAAAGUUCA